AUGGUUGCGAGGUUUGCAGGCCUGCCUUAUUUUCUGAGCUUAAUAACAGGUGAUCCUUUGAAGAUGGUAAUAGAUAAUGCGAGAAAGGGAGUUCCUCUACUGGAAAUAGUUGAAGGAUUAUCACAAGAUGCUGUCGUGAUUCCAUCUAACCUCGAUGUUUUAGCUGCUCUCCUACCUAGAGAAACACUUCUAUGGAAACUAAAUAUGUUGAAAGUGGCUUCAAAAUUUGCAAAUUCACACCUCCAUGCUGUAAAAGCUCAAACACUUGUACUUUCUAGCGGAAGGGAUCAGUUGCUGCCAAGUGAAGAGGAAGGUCAAAGACUUAAUCGUGUUCUUCCAAAGUGUCAGAAUCGCAGUUAUAGUGGAAGUGGUCAUUUUCUUCUCCUGGAAGAUGUCUUUGAUUUGGCAACUCUCAUCAAAGGUUCUGCUUUUUAUCGUCGCGGAGCACACCAAGAUUAUGUUUCGGAUUAUGUACCACCAACCCCUUUAGAAUUUAAACAAAUAUACGAGCCAAACAGGUUGUUUCUGCUUGCCAUAAGUUCUGUCAUGCUCUCAACCUUAGAAGAUGGGAAGAUAGUGAGGGGCCUUGCGGGAAUCCCUUCGGAGGGACCUGUUUUGUUCGUUGGUUAUCACAUGUUAAUGGGAUUUGAGCUGGCCCCGAUGGUAUCCAAUUUUUUGUUGGAAAGAAAUAUUUUUCUGAGAGGUUUAGCUCAUCCAGUUCUCUUCAUAAGAACCAAAAAAGAGCGAUUGCUACCUCCAUUGUCACAGUUUGACACAUUUAGAGCAAUGGGAGCAGUUCCUGUUUCAGGAACCAAUUUAUACAAACUUCUAGCUUCAAAGGCUCAUGUGUUAUUGUACCCAGGAGGCGGCCGUGAGGCCUCUCAUCGCAAGGGUGAACAAUACAAGCUGUUCUGGCCAGAACAAUCUGAGUUUGUUAGGAUGGCAGCUAGGUUCGGAGCAAAAAUUGUGCCAUUUGGUGUUGUUGGAGAAGAUGAUUUUGGUGAAGUUGUUUUUGACUAUGAUGAUCAAAUGAGGAUUCCGUUCCUUAGGGAUUACAUAGAAGCAGUAGCAGAUGAACUGGGUGUGAGAGUGAGGACUGAAGAAGAUGGUGAGGUGGGAAAUCAAAAUAUGCAUCGUUUGGGAAUUUUACCAAAAUUUCCAGGCAGGUUCUAUUACUACUUUGGAAAACCGAUAGAAACAGAAGGUAUGCAUGAAUUAAGAGACAGGGAGAAAGCUCAUGAAUUAUACCUGCAAAUCAAAUCUGAGGUGGAGAAGUGCAUUGGUUUUUUGAAGGAGAAGAGAGAGACCAAUCCUUAUAGGAACAUAUUGGCCCGACUAUCUUACCAGGCCACGAACGGCUCUACUUCUCAAGUUCCAACAUUUGAUAUUUGAUUCUUCUGCUCAAAUGAAAAUUGAUUUUCACCAUUCUGAUCUCGAAGAAGCUCAAGAUCUUUCAGUGGGAUAAUUGUAGCUGGGGUAUCAUGUAACUUUCUGGGAGUUAAAAGAAAUUUCAUACAUAGUUGAAAAAUGACUUCCAACCACCUUUCUGGGUUUUUUUUUUUCUAAUAAUAAAAUGUUUCACUUGCCCCAAGCAUUAAGGUAUAUUUAUUAACUCUUAAACACAUUAGUUUCUUUGUAAAUCACAAAAGGAAUUAAGAAUAAAAACCAUUCUCGGAACCCAUUUCCUGUUUUGCGUUGUGAUCUUCCUCUUCGUACUCGUCAUGAUGCUCUCUUCUUGAAGUUCAUGCUUGAUUUUUCUUCUCUCCUCCAGUGAAUAAUCCAGGUUUUGGUAUGCAAUCGCUUCUGUAUCAAUGGUUUUC